AUGCUGACUGCCCCCGUGUUGGCUGCCCCCGUGUUGGCUGCCCCCGUGUUGGCUGCCCCCGUGCUGGCUGCCUCCGUGCUGACUGCCUCCAUGAUAGUUAUCCUCGUGCUCGCUGCCUCCGUGGUGGCUGCCCCCGUGCUGGCUACCCCCGUGCUGGCUACCCCCGUGCUGGCUGCCUCCGUGUUGGCUGCCUCCGUGCUGGCUGCCUCCGUGCUGGCUGCCUCCGUGCUGGCUGCCCCCAUACUGACCACCACCCCCGUAGUUGCCAUAUCCGCCGGGAGCAGCUAGUACCGCAGCGGCGAGGGCCAGGAUGGCGAGCAGGGCCUGGCGGACAAAGUGCCGGUUUCAGACAGAAGUAGAACAGUAUGUCGCGUUCAUACUACACUAAAUCACUUCGCAAAUACUGGUUGUUCUCGUGUCCAUUAUUAGCAAUUUGGAUCGCUGAGGCAUUGCCAAGAAGGGACGCUAUAAAACUGUAAAAAUUUGGUAGACGAGUCAAAGAGCGCAGUACUCCCUGCAUUUGGACUGCAGUUGCCACCCGGGUAAUCCUUUCCAAGGCUGUCAGCGAGACGAAAGGUUGGCAAUUUGCAGUACAAAUCCCCCCGUACUGUAGGCUACUCAUUGAACGUCACCCUCUUGACAGCGGGUCACUCCGGUAAUCGAUACUCACCAGGGCGCUCAUCAUGGUGCGGCCGUCGUGUGUCGGUAUGCGGUGCGAGAUGUUUCUCCUUGCAGCCCGGCGCUCACUCGCCGCUCCAGCGCAUGCAGCCUCCUCUUAUAACCUUGCCUC